CUGUCAGGCAGAAGAAGAAGAUGGGAUUGUUCUCCAACAAAAUCUCCAGAGAUGAGCUCAAGGCAGGAGAUCACAUCUAUUCAUGGCGUUCUUACAUCUACUCCCAUCACGGAAUCUAUGUAGGAGAUGGUAAAGUCAUUCACUUUACUCGUAGAGGUGGUCUUGAAAUUGGAACCGGUACUUAUCUAGACAAGAUCAUCCAGUUUUCAGUUCCUCGUCACGGAGGAGACAACAACCCUUGUCCUAAUUGCGAUAAUCAAUCGAUCCUAGACGGCGUAAUGACUUCUUGUCUCGACUGCUUUCUCGCUGGAGGAAACCUCUAUCUCUUCCAGUACAAUGUCUCAAAGGCUAUCCUUGUCGCUAAACAACGAGGCGGUACCUGCACUACAGCACCUUCAGAUCCUCCUGAAGAUGUCGUUCACCGCGCGAGAUUCCUCUUAUCUUGUAAUGGUUUUGGUGAGUACCAUCUACUGGAUAAUAACUGUGAAGAUUUUGCUAUCUAUUGCAAAACUGGUUUGCUUGUUUUUUCUGUCACCAAGUCUGGGAGCAGCAGCCAGGUUAAUUCGGUGUGUGCAGCGGGUGGUCUUGCUUCUUUGACGCUGAGGUUUUUAGGGGUGGGAAGAGGUGGUGGUCAAGCGGCUUCGUUGGCGGCUUCUCCGGCUUCGAUGGUUUCUGCUGCGACUAGUGCUAUUUCGACGACGCUUGGAUUUGUGACUACUGGGUUUGCAGCCAUGGCUGUGACGGGGUACAGUAACUACUGUAUUGGUCGUGUGGUUUAUGACGUUGGUGUGAGAAAGGAUGUUCGGAAAGUCCCUGUGGAGGAGCUUUCUACACUUAUGGCAGUUCUAGAAGGCAAUUUGGACAAUGGCAUCAGCAACUACGACAAAAACAAGUAGUGGAUAAUUACUUAAAGCACUUGUUUCAUGGAUGGGUUGAUGACUAAGAGACUUUGCUUAUGCUUUGUUUGUAUUGUGCAAAACUGUAUUUUUAACUAUUUGUGGAAGUGGCAAAUACAGCCAAAACAAUAAUAUUAUUUUCAAGAACUAAAACUCUUCAAGACAUUUAGAUAA